CACCAUUAUGCAUUUAAGUGUCUGAAUGGCUGAAUGUAUUAUAGCUUUCUUUUACUCUUUAUUCAAUGUCUAACUUCUUAUCAUCCAUUUCUAAAAAUCACGAUAAUCUCGCUACUUUAUUAGCCGCAACCAAAUGGUAUAAGCAGGGAGCCUCCAAAGUUGAUUUCGAGCAUUUUUUUAGCGAGUAUACCAAACUUGUCUACAAUGCUCUCACAGAAAUGGAUAGUGAAGAUGACCUGAGCAGCAAUCGCUCCACUAUCCUUUCUGCGAUGAGCCGGGUAUUUGAAGUUGAUCUGCCUCACUUCGAUACCGCAAAUCGUUGCUGGGAGAUUGUACAGAAGUGGGAAGAGCGCAACAGAAAGCGCGCUUACAGCUUUCAAUCAUCUACCAUAACUGGUGCUGCUUCCAAGGAGCCUUGGGAAGUUAUGGAUGGUUACAAAGCUCUGUACAAAGCCCAAAGAGAAGAAUUAAGAAGGCUCAAGAGAAAACAAAGAUCGCUUGAGCUCAAAGUUGCUUUCGAGGAACGUGUUUUUUUUGUCGACUCUUUUGAAGGUUGGCAGACAAACAAUUCUGCUGAUGAUGAUCAGGAACUGAUCAAUGCCUUUUGUCGCUCUGCUGACAAGUUAGCGUUGAUUGACCGUAUCAACAAAGAUACUCUGCUUUCAAAGUUCCUGAACAUCAUCUAUGAUUUUUAUUUUCUUGGAAGCAAAAAAAAAGACAGAAAUUGAUG